GCCAAUGAGAUUUUACAAUUAGCCCAAUCAGCGGCCAGAUUCGGGAUGUCACUGCGGGCGAGUCAGGAGGGUUUGUAAAACAAGACAGUCGCUGCGUCUCAGCAGAAAGCAACUGACUCACGCCUCUCUUCUGGUAUACUUGGGAGUCAGCCGCGAACCAGUAAACUCCAAAACGCCCGCUCUGACUGCAGCGCACACGGCGCGCUCGUUCCCUGCGCGCGGAAUUCCGGUUGGCGUUUUAACGCGCUUUAAAUUCUGACAACCAGCGCGUCAUGAUGGAAACUAUAGCGCGAGCGGCAGUUUUAACGGUCACCAGCGCAUCAGUUUAGUCCGGAAUGGGAUUCUGCAGCUCGUCUGUCUUAUUUUCCUGGGAAAAUUAAACGCAGUGGAUUUUUUCCCAGUGCCAAGACGCACAGAAUCGAGUGUUUUAAAACGGCGUCUGGCUGUAUUUGUGGAGUAAGAGAGUUGGGAUUCCUGUAAAGGUGCCCAUCAUCCGCAGUGUGAGCGCGACUGCGGCGGUGAGGUGAAAUCCGCAGCGAGAACAGGUACAGAAUGUCCCCAACUUAACAAGAAGCCUGAAUACUAAAACAGAACACAGAGUGAGCAGUGGACAGAGAGACACUCUUCCCCCAAGGAUCCAGGACAAUGGCUUUUCACAAUAGGAGAUGGAACUUUACUUUUUCUUGCUGCGUUGUUGUCUUGUUGCUUCCCCUUGUGGCUGCAAGACCACAACAACCGUCAGCUGCAACUAGAGUACAUGAGGAAUACAGUACGUUUCGGGUGGAAAACACAGAAUGGACCUUUAACCAUCUUGCGGUGGACCACAGAAAUGGGAAUGUGUAUCUUGGGGCAGUGAACCGCAUCUACAAACUCUCACCUGGACUGGACAUACAGGUGUCACAUCAGACCGGUCCAGAUGAGGAUAACCGGAACUGCUACCCACCCCGUAUAGUGCAGCCUUGUAGCGAACCCCUUACGUUGACUAAUAACGUCAAUAAGAUGCUGCUCAUGGACUACCGCGAGAACCGGCUGCUGGCAUGCGGCAGCUUGUACCAGGGUAUUUGCAAACUCCUCCGCCUGGAUGAUCUCUUUAAACUUGGAGAGCCCUUUCAUAAAAAAGAGCACUACCUUUCUGGCGUCAAUGAGAGCGGCUCCGUGUUUGGGGUCAUCGUGUCUUAUGGUGAUGCCUCGCCUGAUAAGUUGUUCGUGGCCACAGCUGUUGAUGGGAGACCAGAGUACUUCCCAACAAUAUCCAGCCGUAAGCUCACCCGGAACUCCGAGGAGGAUGGGAUGUUUGCCUACGUCUUCCACGAUGAAUUUGUUGCCUCUAUGAUUAAAAUCCCAUCGGAUACAUUCACAGUGGUACCAGACUUUGACAUCUAUUACGUCUAUGGGUUCAGCAGUGGAAAUUUUGUGUAUUUUCUCACAUUGCAACCUGAAAUGGGCGGAGGACCGACUACAGGGUCAUCCUCAGCUGGGCGUGAACAGGUGUACACUUCUAAACUAGUUAGACUCUGCAAGGAUGACACUGCAUUUAACUCCUAUGUUGAGGUUCCUCUUGGUUGCGUUAAGGGUGGGGUAGAGUAUCGCCUUCUACAGGCAGCCUACCUGUCCAAAGCAGGAACCAUUCUGGCACGUUCAUUGGGUAUAGGACCUGAUGAUGACAUCCUUUAUGCCGUGUUCUCCAAAGGACAAAAAAGGAGGCCCAAAGAGUCAUCUCAGGAGUCCGCUCUCUGCGUGUUCACUCUGAAAGAAAUUAACGAAAGAAUAAAGGACCGGCUGCAGUCAUGCUAUAAAGGAGAGGGAACCCUCGAUCUGGCCUGGCUCAAAGUGAAAGACAUCUCGUGCAGUAGUGCGCUCCUCACCAUUGAUGACAACUUCUGUGGUCUGGAUAUGAACGCCCCGCUUGGCGUCUCAGAGAUGGUACGCGGAAUUCCACUGUUCUCUGAAUCCAAAGACAAAAUGACAUCGGUUAUUGCCUACGUGUACAAGAACCACUCUCUGGCUUUUGUGGGCACCAGAGGAGGCCGUCUGAAAAAGAUUCGGGUAGAUGGUCCAACCUAUGGUGCUUUACAGUAUGAAACAAUCCAGGUGGUCGACAAUGGACCGAUCCUACGAGACAUGGCAUUUUCAUCUGAUCAGCACUUCUUGUACGUGAUGUCGGAAUCACAGCUUACCCGUGUGCCGGUGGAGGCCUGUGAGCAGUAUUCGUCCUGUAACGAGUGCCUGGGAUCUGGGGAUCCUCACUGUGGCUGGUGUGUUCUCCAUAGCAUGUGUACAAGAAAAGAGAAGUGUGAGCGGUCAUCCGAGCCUCGCCGCUUCGCCUCAAAUAUAAAGCAGUGUGUGAGACUCAGUGUUCACCCCAACAACAUCUCUGUGUCCCAGUACAGUGUGAUGCUUGUGCUGGAGGCUCAUAAUGUGCCAGAACUUUCAGCAGGGGUCAACUGCACCUUUGAGGACCUAGCAGAGAUGGACGGACUAGUGGAAGGGAAUCGCAUAACCUGCAGUUCUCCUGCAGAGAAGGAAGUCCCACGCAUCAUAGUAGACCAAGGUGACCAUCAGAUUGUCCAGCUCUACCUCAAGUCAAAGGAGACAGGAUUGGCUUUUGCAAACACUAGCUUUGUCUUCUACAACUGCAGCGUUCACAAGUCAUGUCUAUCCUGUGUUGGAAGCCCGUACCAGUGCCACUGGUGCAAAUACCGUCACACAUGCACUCACGACCCAAGCAGCUGCUCUUUCCAGGAGGGCCGUGUCAAACAGCCAGAGGAGUGUCCUCAGCUGCUUCCAGCAGAUCGCAUCCUGGUUCCAGUAAAUGUGGUAAAACCCAUCACCCUUCGGGCCAAGAACCUUCCCCAGCCACAGUCGGGUCAGCGUGGGUACGAGUGUGUGCUCACCAUACAGGGUGUAGAGCAGAGAGUUCCUGCCCUCCGCUUCAACAGCUCCAGUGUACAGUGCCAAAACACAUCGUACAUGUAUGAUGGGAUGGAGAUGAGUAGCCUCCCUGUGGAUCUGACGGUCAUCUGGAAUGGAGACUUCAGCAUUGACAACCCAGCCCAAAAUAAAGUCCACCUUUACAAAUGUGAUGCACGAAGAGAAAGCUGUGGACUGUGUCUGAAGGCUGACCCCCUCUUCGGCUGUGUGUGGUGUAAGGGAGAAAACCGUUGCUCUCUGAAACAACACUGUUCUUACCCGCAGAGCAUGUGGCUCGAGCACAAUGGCAUCAAUAGCAAGUGCACGCACCCCAGAAUCACAAAGAUCACCCCACUUCGAGGACCCCGUGAGGGGGGAACACUGGUGACUAUCCGUGGGGAGAACCUGGGAUUGGAGUUUAGUGAGAUUAAAGAUCAUGUGAAGGUAGCAGAUGUGGAAUGUACACCAGUGCCUGAGGGGUAUAUCCCAGCAGAACAGAUUGUGUGUGAAAUGGGAAAAGCGGAAAGAAGCCAGUUUGCAGGAAAUGUUCAAGUGUGUGUUGGAGAGUGUCGUCCUGAAUUCAUGGCCAAGUCGUCUAAGUACUACUAUUUUGUGAUCCCUCAACUGUUGAGUCUGAAGCCAAGCCGAGGGCCAGUAUCUGGGGGAACCAUCGUCAACAUCACUGGCGGCAACCUGGACGCAGGAAGCAAUGUGUCAAUCAUGUUCAAAGACCAGAAGUGCACUUAUCAAAGGAGAGGAGGACAGUGGAUAACAUGUCGUUCUCAUGCAUCCAUGCAAGGCUAUGGAAAUGUAUCUGUAUCAGUGUAUGUGGAUAAAGCCCACAUUCACAAAGAUCUAAAGUUUGAGUAUGUUGAAGAUCCCACCAUCACCAAACUAGAACCCGAGUGGAGCAUUUUCAGUGGCAACACACCACUGACAGUGUCAGGGACAAACCUGGACAUCAUCCAUACUCCUCUCAUCAGAGCCAAGUAUAAGAAUUUGGAAACAAUCAAUAUAUGUCAGGUUUUGAGUCCAACCACUAUGCAGUGCAUGGCCCCAGAGCUUCCCUACAGUAUCAGCAAGCACAAGGAUGUUCCAGAAAGACCCGAUGAGUUUGGCUUCAUCCUGGACAAUGUUCAGUCUGUGCUGGCCCUCAACAACACCAACUUUGUAUACUACCCAAAUCCUGUGUUCGAACCUCUCAGUGUGUCUGGGGUUCAGGAGCUCAAGCCAGGGUCUCCCAUCAUACUGAAGGGCAGGAACUUCCUACCUCCCACGCCUGGUGGCAAUGGGAAGCUCAACUACACUGUUCUGAUUGGAGACAAACCUUGUGCAUUAACUGUGUCAGAUACUCAACUGCUCUGUGAAUCACCUAAUCUUACUGGACGCCACAAGGUUCUGGCACGUGUGGGUGGCAUUGAGUUUUCUCCAGGUGUGGUCCACAUCACCUCUGACAGCCCCCUCAGCAGCACUGCUGUCAUCAGCAUUGCUGGGGCAGGAGGCCUUCUCAUCUUUUUCAUCGUCAUAGUCUUAAUUGCCUACAAGCGCAAGUCCCGUGAGAGUGACCUCACCCUCAAACGCCUGCAGAUGCAGAUGGACAACCUGGAGUCUAGAGUAGCCCUAGAGUGUAAAGAGGCAUUCGCUGAGCUGCAAACGGACAUUCAUGAGUUGACCAGUGAUCUGGAUGGAGCUGGUAUACCAUUUCUGGACUAUCGCACAUAUACAAUGCGGGUUCUGUUUCCUGGAAUCGAGGAGCACCCUGUCCUUAGAGACCUGGAGGUGCCAGGUUACAGACAGGAGCAGGUGGAGAAGGGGCUAAAACUGUUUGGACAACUUAUCAACAACAAGGUUUUCCUGCUGUCUUUCAUCCGAACACUGGAGUCUCAGAGAGGCUUCUCCAUGCGAGACCGUGGCAAUGUCGCCUCCUUGAUCAUGACCGUUUUGCAAAGUAAACUGGAGUAUGCGACCGACGUACUCAAACACCUGUUGUCUGACCUCAUUGACAAGAACCUGGAAAGCAAAAACCAUCCCAAACUACUGCUAAGAAGAACCGAGUCUGUGGCUGAGAAAAUGCUCACAAAUUGGUUCACCUUUCUGCUGUACAAAUUCCUCAAGGAGUGUGCCGGGGAGCCCCUCUUCUCUCUUUUCUGUGCCAUAAAGCAACAGAUGGAAAAAGGUCCCAUCGACUCCAUCACCGGCGAAGCCCGCUACUCACUCAGUGAAGACAAGCUCAUCAGACAGCAAAUUGAUUACAAGACUCUGGUGGUGAACUGCAUGCAUCCAGACAAUGAGAAGAGUCCAGAGGUGCAGGUGAAGGUGCUAAACUGUGACACUGUCAGUCAGGUGAAGGAGAAGAUCUUGGACGCCAUCUACAAAAAUGUCCCUUACUCACACCGACCAAAGGCCUCUGACAUGGAUUUGGAGUGGCGUCAAGGAAGAGUAGUAAGAGUCAUUCUUCAGGAUGAGGAUGUUACCACAAAGAUCGAAGCUGACUGGAAAAGACUCAACAUGCUGUCUCACUACCAGGUGACUGAUAAUGCUGUGGUAGCCCUUGUACCAAAGCAGGUCACUGCAUACAACUCUGUGAAUAACUCAACUGUCUCCAGAACCUCUGCUAGCAAAUAUGAAAACAUGAUCAAGUACACAGGCAGUCCGGACAGCCUGCGUUCCCGCACACCCAUGAUCACACCUGACCUGGAAAGCGGUGUUAAGGUAUGGCAUCUGGUGAAAAACCAUGAGCAUGGAGACCAGAAGGAGGGAGACCGUGGAAGCAAGAUGGUCUCAGAGAUCUACCUAACCAGACUGUUGGCCACCAAGGGCACUCUGCAAAAGUUUGUGGAUGACCUGUUUGAGACCAUCUUCAGCACAGCACACAGAGGAAGUGCUCUUCCUCUCGCUAUCAAGUACAUGUUUGACUUCCUGGAUGAGCAGGCCGACAAGCACAACAUUCAUGACCCGCACGUCAGACACACAUGGAAGAGCAACUGUCUACCUCUACGAUUCUGGGUGAACGUUAUUAAGAAUCCACAGUUUGUGUUUGACAUCCAUAAGAGCAGCAUCACGGACGCCUGUCUGUCUGUGGUGGCACAGACCUUCAUGGAUUCAUGCUCGACGUCAGAGCACCGUCUGGGCAAAGACUCCCCCUCCAACAAGCUGCUGUACGCCAAGGACAUUCCCAGCUACAAAAGCUGGGUGGAGAGAUACUACUCCGACAUUAGUAAGAUGCCGGCCAUCAGUGACCAGGAUAUGAAUGCAUAUCUGGCAGAGCAGUCCCGCAUGCACAUGAAUGAGUUCAACACCAUGAGCUCCCUCAGCGAGAUCUACUCUUACAUUGGCAAAUAUACAGAGGAGAUUGUGUCUGCACUAGAGCAGGAUGAUGGUGCCAGGAAACAGAGACUGGCCUAUAAGCUGGAGCAGGUGGUCGCCUUCAUGAGCCUGGAGAGCUGAGAACCACAUUUCCCAGAGUGCACUGGGAGAUCCAUCAGAAACCAAGCCGUGCCUGAGUGAAGACCUAUCCAUCUAUCUCAUCUCUUCUGUUUGCAAUCUUCCCACAAAAAAAAGUGUUUGCAUCAUAUUAGUUCUGCUUCCUAGAAGAGUAGAGAUGGGAACUGGAUGGUGGGUGGAGGAGCCAAGGACUACAUUACCCAUGAUGCAGUAGAGUGGGUGGCCAUCCAGCUCUGCUGUGUAGAGAAGGGGUGGCUGCCUAUGAGUUCCACUUCACUGCAUCCUCCAUCCUUCUCCCUGACUGGAAAAGAAAAAAAAACAUUUCUGUUGCCUUCAAAGUUUAGCUGAUAAGCAGAAACCACAAUGUUUGGUGUCAAUUUGUUCUGACUUUUAUGACUAGGGUAGUGUGCGACACUAAUAUAGUGUCCAGUUCAUUGUAGUACCUUUAUUAAACACUGAAACGCAAGAUGAAAAAAUGGUACGGCAUGCAUCUGAAGAAUGCAGACCAUUUGGGCCAUUUCAAAAGACACAAACACAUUGAGGAUGCUGGAUUUACGGGACAUGCAAGAUCAUAUAUAAGCUUUGAUAAGAGAAUCAAGCCUGGAGGUCCAACCUGCUUAACCUUACUUCAAAGACAGUAAGGUGUAUUUAAAACCUUUGGGGCACCGCAGGACACAAGUUAGUGCUUCAAUACUCUUGUCUCUUCCAGGACCUUACUAGAAAGCGAAACUGAAAGACAAGACCUUUCAUCUUGUGGUAUACCCACAUCUUCACCACUUCAACCCCAGCCUUCAUUUUGGCAUCUAUCCGGCUUGUGCACAUCUGAAUUUAACCUCUCUUAUCUAUAUGAGUGGAGGAAAGCCAAGGUUCAAUUCCCUUAGAAGCAAGCACACAUACACACACCUCUGCCAGAGAGCGACACCUUCUCUCUGUACUUCAGCGAGGUUCCCAGGACCUACGCUGUGCUGCAAGAGGACUAAGAAAUCUUUACAAAAAAAGCACACAUUAAAUAGGUGUCUCAGUUCACACAUCCUGUAGGGGGACUUUAAUUGCAACAUAUUCUACUCAGAAUUAGCUGUUAAUGGGGGGAAAUGGUGCAUUAUUGAAAAUGCACAAAUGCAGCCUGCACUGUUGACUGCCACAGGGUCCCACCCUUAACGAACACUCUGGAAGCCUCUAGAAAAACCCACACGUGGACAAAGUUGGUCAGCGGAAAACCAAAGGAGCCCAAUUUAAAAAGAGCAAAGUGAAUAAAUUACCCUGCGAAGUAAACACAAGGCAAUGGUUGUUUUAUGACCUGCAGUGUAAAGCUAUUGCUUUAUCUGCAGCCCCAUAUUUGUUUCUGUCCAUUAUGCUCUGCACAAUACAGAGCCUGUACUUACCCUUGCGUGUCCAAGUUUAGUUAUUGCACAACUGGGAGGGCAGAAAGAAAUCCCGAUCUGAAGCUUAAGGGCUUGCUGUAGUUUAAAUGUGCCAGCGGCCUUGAGGGAUGACUCCUACCUGGGCUUAGUGACUCCAAAAGAAAACGGACAGUCAGAUGAGGAUGUAAAAAAGUAUUGGAUGUAACUUUGACAAAGGGAAAGAGACAAUUUAGCUGCCCACCUCUCUUCUGUCCUCGGACCCCUUCUUUCCCCUUGACAGCGUGCCCUAUGUGGUGAUGUUAAUGUGUGGAGAAUCAGCCCAGGUCCACCUUGGGUGCUUUAUUGGCUUUUUCAGCGCAUGUAUUUCAAUUUAAACUUAAAAAAAAGAAAAAAGGAAAACAGAAAAAAAUAAGCCUUGCAAUUGAUGAUGUGGAUGUGUUCUUUUCUUUCUUUUGCUUGGAAGAACGAGAUGGUAAAAAGUGGCUGUCAUCUUCAAAACUGCAACCUCUGUUAAGGUGGAACCUUUAUCCUGCCCUUUCAUUCAACUGCCAUAGCCAUGUUUUGUGAAUGUGUUAGAUGCUGAUAAGAUUAAGGUGAAACCUUAAGCAAAUAUAGUAUAUACCCUUGCAUGCUGACCUAUUUGGAUGAUAUGAAAUGAACUGCCUUGCUAUCAAUUUAUCUAAUACUACUAGUAAUUUCUAAACUGAACCAAACUCUUGUUAGACAUUCAUCAGACUCCUUUGCUCUUCCUGUCAGGUGGAUGGUCUUUCUCAAAAGACGUCCACCUGAGAGUUUUCAUUCACCUAUAACAUUUAUACUGAACUAAUGUGACCACAACAUUACAUGCCAAUCCAAAGCUAACAUGCUAUUUGGUGAUCCUCACAACAUUUGAUUUGUUGGGCGUCUUUAACGUGCAGCUAUAAAGACUUAUAUUAUAUAACUGUUUUUUUUCUAUAAUUUUUCAGAAUUCCAUUAGCUUUCCACAAGUUUAUUUUUUAAUGUUGUUUAGGAAAUUGUCUUUGUAUGUGUGAUAGCUUUGGGUUCCCUUGUGUUAUUUUUCAGCAUAGCUAAGUAACAGGAUUGUGUUGAGGUAUUUCAGGAUUUCAGGUACACGGCUGCCCCCAACUAAUGAGAUAAACCAUAAAGUAAAUAUAAUGAUAGAAUGAGAAGUCGUCAGAGGUCCUAAAUGAGCAGCUCACAAUUAAAUUUAAAAAGCUGAUAUGUUCCUGGAUUCCCUCAUGGCUCUGAUCCUUGUUAUGUACCAUGUUUCAUCUCUUGUGUACAUUUAACAGAACGACACCCCCAUCCUUUUUUUGUUCAAAAGACCUGAUAAAGUUUCCACCUUAAACAUUUUGUAAGAACUAGCUCAGUGUUACAGCAGGCUUUACAGAGACCUGUUCAAAUAGACUUUUUAAUAUUUCCAGAUUUGAUGCAAGAUGAGUUAUCCUGAUGGGAGGAGAGAAAGAGAGAGACCAGCGGAAAGGCAAGCUUCUCUAACUUUGUUAUAAUUAAUUGUAUACCUGUGUAUGUAAAUAUAAUGCAUUCCUAUUUUGCAGUCAAGAACAAAAUACUAUUUGUAAUAUAGAAUAAACUUUAUUAUGAAAAAGA